AUGAAGGCCGCUCUCGUCACUUCUCUACUGGCUUCAGUCGCCGUGGGUCUCUCUUUUCAAAAGAGAACCCCAGUGUCAUAUGAGGGUUACCAGGUUCUCCGCGUUAAGACCCUGAGCCAGUUGGCUUCCGUCCAAGAGAAGCUCGCGACAGUUCCCCACGAGCAAUGGAACCAUGACGUCGAAACCCAUAUCGACAUCGUGAUCUCUCCCGAACAGGUUCCCAACAUUGAGUCACUUGGACUGGACUACCGCGUUCUUCACAAGGACCUCGGCGAAUCUAUCACCGCCGAGUCCCAGGUUAAGAGCACCUACAAGCGUGAUGUUGAUGAUCUGUCGUGGUACGACUCAUACCACCCCUACACCGACCACGUCCAGUACUUCAAGGACCUUCACGAGUCUUUCCCCAACAAUUCAGAAUUGGUGUACUCUGGACACUCAUACGAGAACCGUUCUAUCCAUGGCAUCCAUCUUUGGGGGGACGACGGCCCAGGCAAGCCUGCUGUGCUGUACCACGGCACUGUCCAUGCAAGAGAGUGGAUUUCAGCCCCCGUUGUUGAGUACAUCACAUUGCAGCUCAUUAACGCUCAUAAGAAUGCCACCAAUGCUUCGGACUCGUGGUUGAACUCUUAUGAUUGGCACAUUUUCCCAAUUGUCAACCCAGACGGAUUCGUCCACUCCCAGGAAGUCGACCGUCUUUGGCGCAAGACUCGCACGCCUCCCCCUCCUCCCCCUCAGAACCAGUCCUGCUACGGCACGGAUAUUAACAGGAACUGGGAGUACGGUUGGGAUGCUAACCCGCUUGGCGCUUCAACCAACGCUUGCGCUCAGGCCUAUCGCGGCCAGCGCCCUUCCGACACCAUCGAGAACCAGGGUCUUGACGCCUACGUCCGAAAGCUCCGUGAUACUUCCGGCAUCAAGCUCUACAUUGACUGGCACAGCUACGGCCAGUACAUUCUCUCGCCAUUUGGCUCCAAGGAGGAAUGGUAUGCUCCUGAGCUGGGCAAGUGGACCAAGACUGCUUCGGUUCUGAGCGAAGUGAUUCGCGACAGCUCUGACCGACGCACAACCUUCACCUUUGGCCCGAGUGGUGCGACCCUUUACACCACAACUGGUGCUGCUCCGGACCACGUCUACGCCAUUGGUGGUGCCGAUUUCUCUUACACGAUCGAGCUGCCAGACACCGGUGACCACGGCUUUGUGCUGCCGCCUGAUCGUAUCAGAGGUGCCGCGGAGGAACAAUGGGCCGGGCAGCAGGCACUGUUCCCUCUUCUGGAUGAGGUUUUCUUCGACGGCAUUGGCCCUGCGUAG